AUGGAAACACGUCUGCUCUGUUCUGUCGCACUUGUGACAUUCCUGUGUGUCGUCGUCCACUGCGCCACCUCCACCACAGUAUUGCAGAGACUCCAGCAGCACAUCGUCUCAAAACAGACCCUCCCCAUCAGAAACACCACAGUGUCCAUGGCAUCGCUCUUCGACAUCGCCAUAGACUUCAUCCCAGUGGCGAUCAUUGGCCUCAACGAGGAAACUCAGGUCUUCGCCUUCUCUGGAAUAAUCGUGGCCGCCUGGCUGGAUCUGUCCAGUGCCUGGAACCCGGCAGACUUCAACAACACUCACGCCGUCACCAUCGAGAGCAACCUGCUGUGGAGUCCCCAGGUGUCGGCCAUCAACAGCGUGAGCAGGAUUACGACGACGUUGAAGGAGGACGCGUUGAUCGUCAAUAACGGCCAGAUCACCAUGUUCUAUGUAGAUGCCUACGAGACGAGCUGCGAGAUCGACACGGGUUACUUCCCCUUCGACGAGCAGACGUGCGACGUCCUGCUGUUUCCCUCGGGUCGCUAUCGCUUCUACACCCCCAAGUCUGACGUGGACACGCCCGAGUACUUCUUCAGAAGCAACGAAUGGCGUCUGGUGAGCGUCAGGCUCCAAAACAGGAGCUACAUGCAGCCCGUGUUCGAGUUAUCGUUCCCAAUCCAGACAGUUGUCAUCCAGUUCAAGCUGAAACGCUACAGCGCUUUCUACGUCAUGAGCAUCCUGUCUCCCAUCGGGAUUCUCUCUCUGAUGAACGCAUGCGUGUUCCUGCUUCCGGUGGAGUCAGGGGAGAAAAUGUCGUUCCUCGUGUCCAUUCUCGUCUCCUAUGCCAUGUUCCUCAACUUCGUCUACAGCACCAUGCCCCGGUCCGACUCCCUGUCCCGGUUGACCAUCUACCUGAUGCUGGUCGUCUCGCAGAGUUGUCUGUCAAUUAUGAGCACCAUCUAUCUACUGAAUAUGUAUCACGCCUCUGGGCAACCCGGAGGUGGCUGUGUGGCCUUCGGGAUGCGGACGUCCCUGAGGUCAAAGGUCAAACCAGACAACCGUACGGUAGACUCCUUUGUUAAGGACUCGGUAUCGAAAUCCAAGACAUCGAUAAGAAGAAUUGAUCGAUUCAUGUUUUUAGUGUUUUCCUGUUCUGCUCUUUUGUCACUAAUGGUUUUCGUCAUUUACUAG